GAAACCCACUUUCAAUCUCCCGUCAAACCUCCCAAUGCCUCCAAAACACCGUCACCGCCCCACCCCCGAGGAGAAAAAACAACGCAAACUCGAGAAGAAACAGCGCAAACUCGAGCAGAAGCUCCAGCUCAAACGCGACCACCUCAGCCGCGAAGUCCACUAUGGCGAAGUCACCUACCGCCAAUACGAGAAGGACUGGAAGGCCAUGCUCAUCAAGUCCACCUUGCCGCGCAUGCGCGCCGAGCUCGAGUUCGCCUGGCACAAGUUCGAGCGCGCCGUGGACUGCAAGGACUUCAGCAUCUCGCUGCUCCUAGACGAGCUGCGGGACUCCGAGGAGCAAUACAUGCACAACUUCCGCGCCCACGCGGAGAACAUGGAGGAGCUCAUGGGCAUCUUCCACGACAGACUCGACGAGCUCAAGGUGGACUUCUUGUCUGAAGUGAAAGCCAUGGAGGAGCGGUGCGAGAACGAGUUCACGGACAUUAACGAAGUGAACAACGAGAACAUGAACUACUUGAAGACGAUGUUGUACGAGCUGGAGCAGCAGAGGAAGGAGCAUAUUAGGUUGAAGCGGGGGGAGUACUUCUCGAGGGUGGAUGAAGUGGAUGCGAAGAACCAGUUGUUGUUGCAGAAGUUGAAAGCGAAUUUGGAGAAUAAGUACCAGACGAUGUUCGAAGAUAUGAAGAUGUUCAUCCGGAAGUACAACAAGCAGAUUAGGGAGAGGAGGAAGGAGCAUAAUGCGUUGAAGGCGGCUGAUGACGCUAUUCAAGAGGUGAUAGCCAACCAGUUCAAGCAACUCAAGAGGUUCUACGACAUGAUCCGCCAACUCAAGCAGAAGUACAUAGAUAUGAAGCAAACCGAAGGCAAUGUGCUUCUGGAUACCCAAGAGGAACGCCAGUACUUCGCCAACAGUUUUCUUUCAUUGAAGAUCAAACUCGACAGCGACACUAAAGCAGACUUCAGCAAGCUGGUUUUGUUGAGCCAAAGCUGCUCCCAGGUUUUCGAGUACUUGGAAAAUUUGAACAAAAAAGGCGAGAUGAUUCUUUCUAUGGCUUCAGUUUGUAGGAAACACGAAACGUUGAAGGAGAAAAUUCAGCCGUUUCCUUGUACUAAGGCUGCGGUUAAGGAAAGCGACUUGGACGCAGAGAGUAGACAGGAGUUUGGGGUUGUUAGACCAGAAAUGGAUUUGUUCUGGCAGAGACUCGGGAAAGCGUAUGGUACUCAUUAUGCCCUUUCAAAAGAAAGACAAUUUCUGACUGAAGAAAAUGAAAUUCUGGUUGAAACACACAACGACUAUUGCGAAAAGAUCCUGUAUCCUCCACCAGGAGGCUACAUCAGCACGGUUGCCACUCCAAAAGUUGACCUGUCGAAAAGAAAGAGGCUCCGAUUCCGGCCUUACUUGACCUGGCAUUUGAGAUAAUGUUUUAAGGUUUUUAUUGACUUUUUGUGACAAAUGACAGUGAAUAAAGUACAAUUUUGUCUAGUAUUUGGAAUUUUGUUCC